ACGCGUUGUAAUAAGACGAAACCGGUCGUGUGUUUUGAAUGGGUUUCUAUGGAGGAUCGUCGGAGCGCCCCCUGCAGGAACACACGCGCUCUGCGUGCUGCGCAGUUCCUGACUCGUGUAGACACUCCCAGCCCAGUUCAGCUGCUGUGUGUGUCCGUGUCCUGCUCUGUCCGAACCGAACCGAACCGAACCGGAUCAUGCUGCUCCGCUCGUGCUGUGUUUACGGCGCAGGGGUCCUCUGCGUUCUGCUGUUAGUCGCCGGGAUCGCGAUGGCUCUGGCGCAGGUCUUCCAGAAGCUCAUAAACAACACAAUAAAAGAGCAAGUAGUUCUGGAAAAUGGAACGGAGGCAUUUUCGGUGUGGCGAGACCCCCCGCCGCCGGUUUACAUGCAGUUUUACUUCUUUAAUCUGACCAAUCCUGCAGAGGUUCUGGAAGGAGACAAACCCUUCGUCCUGCAGAUCGGCCCGUACACGUACAGGGAGUAUCGGCCGAAGGAGGAAGUGAAAUUUAUGGACAACGGAACCAGAGUGGCGGCUGUCAAUCCAAAGACGUACGUGUUUGAGCCCAACAUGUCACGGGGAUCUGAGGACGACAUCGUCCGAACGGUCGACAUCCCUGUUGUGACCGCGAUGGAGAAAUUCAAAGAUACUCUCUUGGUCAGUCGCAUCAUCUCUGACGUGAUGAAAGCUAAGGGCAUCGGCAUGUUCAGGACGUUCAGAGUCGGUGACCUGCUGUGGGGUUAUGAAGAUCCGCUGCUCAAAGAACUCAAACAGUUUGUGCCGGAUGACCACUUUGGACUUUUCUUCAAGGUUAGCAGCACUGGUGCGCCCAUCAUCAUGUCCUCCCCUCAUUUCUACCAGGCAGACGACAAAUUCGUCCAGGAUGUGCUCGGGAUGAAUCCCAACAAGGAGGAGCACGAGACGGUCAUUGACGUCAACCCGCUCACUGGACUGUUGCUUCGGGGUGCGAAGCGUGUUCAGGUGAACGUCUACCUGCAUCAGAUCCCAGCGUUCAGUCAAACUGAGAAGAUCCGGACGCUGGUGUUUCCAGUGAUGUACCUUAAUGAGAGCGUCGUUAUUGACGAGGAAUCUGCCGAGAAGCUGCACGCGGUGGUUACCAAGGCUAAUGUGAUCGUCAACAUCCCCUUCAUAGUGAUCAGUGUGGGCAUCUUACUGGGCGUCAUCUUCAUCGUGUUCAUGUGCCGACAGCAGAGGCCAGUGAGCUCCGAGCAGCAGCCCCUGCUUUCAUCGUAAAACUCCCCGGACGUCAUGAUGAACUAACAUGCGUUUAGACAUUGAGCUUGAUUUCAUUUUCACAAGUCCUGAUUAGGUACAAGGAGCAUCGGUGUAUGCGGCAGACGACUCAAAGUGCAAAGUUUGUCUCAGGUCACCUGGCCUUUGGAACUUGCAGACGUGUUUUUUUAAUGCAUUUAAUGCGAUACUUUAGACAACUGAUCAUCACAGAACUAAAUAGUGCAGGCGUGUCCAAAUUAGCCAAUGAGUUUUAUGUCCAAAAACUGCAAUUACAUCAGAAAACACUAAUAGAGUGACGGCAGACGUGAUGCAACACAUUACACAUCACCGCUCGAGAUGCAUCACAACUAUAUUAAUACACUUACGCAACUGCAAUGAGCGCAUCUGGCAAAUAAACUGACAGCGGUGCUAAUUCAUGCUGAUUUCAGUAAUUAUGUACGUUUUAGUCUGCUUCACAUGAGUCUGACAAGUCAAUAAUGUUGCCACAUGCAUUUUAAAAUCACUAAAUACAUUUUUAAAAUGACCAAAUGACUUGGUUUGUAUUUGCACUUGUUUUCUCCUCUGCCAUAUUUUCUUAGAUGCAAACCAAGAGUCAAUUAAUAACACUUUUACAAUAUUUCUGACAUAUGACUACAAUAAAUUGACCGUAAUCACUGAUUUAAACUCUAGAAUAACAGCCUUGCUUUCUGUGUUCUGUGUUAUAUAUGCAGUAUAAAGAGUUUCUUGGUUUCUCCAGCACAGUAUUACCACAGCAUUGAGAAGAUUCAGCUUGAACUUUCAGUAUCACAAACAUAUUCCGUGUUCGUUUAGCUCAUUUACAUGCAUUGAUCUGUCAGGGAUGGCUAGUUUUUAUUUUUGUUUAUGUUUGUUAAA